AUGACUGCCAAGUAACCAAAGGCCAGGUUUCUCGCACUCGGAGCUGCAGCCCCCUGACUGGCAGAAGAGCUUGUUCCAACCUCCAGCACACCAUCAGUCACCAGAAACCAUUCUACACUCCUUUCUUUCACAGAGAAGGUUCAAAGACAUCAAACCCCUCCAUUGCUUCUCCUCUGCGCUUCUAAGAACCAUGGUGUGCCCUAGCUCCCCCCCCCUUUCUCCUCCUGACUUCCAGCGCUGACAUGGGUGAAAAUCUAGCUUGCAAAGCUCACAGGUGUCAUGAUGCUAAUGGUUGCAUCAAUCGUGUUCCUUUACUAUAGUAUUUGGACCCUGUUUAUGGUGCCUCCUCCCCACCCCCACUCCCUUCUACUCCCUUGUCUGCUAAUACCUUGGAACAGCCCUUCGUAGACGACGGCCACCCACUCCAUGACCUAUUCCCGCCGCGCGUAUGGGCGAUCCGGAUUCCAGUCAUUUUGAUUCUGGUCGGGAUUGCAGUUGUGGGAAGUUUCUUGAGCGUGGUUAUGAUCCGGAGUGGCAGGAAGAAGGCGGCUAAGGCUAAGGCUGCGGCUGGGCAGGGGAAGAAGAAGAAUUAGAGAGAGAGUGUGUGUGGACAUCCGGGGCUUUCUUCGGGGGAGCCUGGGAGGGGAGGGGAUUCUUGAUAUGGAAUGGAUAUUAUGGUCUCUAAUGUGGCUUUUGUUUCCGCGUAUGGUUAUGGGAUAAGUGGUUUUCAGUGGGCGAUGCAUAGCAACUGGCUCCUCUCGCCCGGCGCACGGGAAGGGGAUACAUAGAAAACCAUUGUUUGAUAUGGGGGAAAACGUGACCAUAUGGGUGUUGUUAUGCAAAAAAUGUACUACUUUACCAAUGCAACAAAUUUGCUUCAAUGCUUAU